AUGGCCUCCGCAGCAGUGGGAUGGGUUGUCAACGAGCUGCUCAAGCGAGAGACGACCGACGCAGACCCCGAUGAGGCCCCCGAGGCAGGCCAGAAGGAGAUAUUCACAUCAUGGGGACUCUCCAUUCUGAUCUCCCUGCUCAUCAUCGCCCUGUUCACAAGCUACAUCCUGCAGACGCGGAAAAUACAGGCCGUACACGAGACUGUAUUAUCCAUCUUCGCUGGAAUGUUCGUCGGCCUGAUCCUGCGGUUGACAGCUGUGGCGUCGGUCCGGGAGACUGUGAGCUUCGACUACCAGAUGUUCUUCAAUCUUCUGCUGCCACCCAUCAUCUUGUCCUCUGGAUAUGAGCUGCACCAAGGCAACUUCUUCCGCCACAUUAGCACCAUCCUCACCUUUGCCUUCGCCGGUACCUUCAUAUCCGCCGUAGUACUGGGUGUCAUACUGUUUUUGUGGACAAGAAUACCAUUAGAUGGCUUUAAGAUCAACUUCGUUGAGGCCAUGUCCGUUGGCGCGACACUCUCGGCCACGGACCCCGUUACCAUCCUCGCAAUUUUCAACACGUAUAAAGUCGAGCCGAAACUGUACACCAUCAUCUUUGGCGAAUCGAUCUUGAACGAUGCCAUCGCAAUCGUCUUGUUCGAGACGGCGCAGAAGUACAAGGACGGAGCUGAGAAGCUUGGCUUCCUAAGCCUGUUCGAAGCUAUUGGUAUCUUCUUCGGUGUCUUCUUUGGAAGUUUGUUCAUCGGAGUCAUGGUGGGCAUCGCCGCCUCUCUGACCCUCAAAUUUACAUACAUCAGACGCUUCCCGAAGACGGAAAGCUGUCUCAUCAUCCUCAUAGCUUACUUGACGUACUUUUUCUCCAAUGCCAUACACAUGUCCGGCAUUGUGAGUCUGCUUUUCUGCGGGAUCUGCAUGAAACACUACGCCUACCACAACAUGUCCCGCCGCACCCAAUUGACGACGAAGUUCGUCUUCCAAACCACGGCGCAACUUUCUGAGAACUUCAUCUUCAUCUACCUCGGUAUCUCCCUAUUCAGCUAUGACGACUACAAGCCCCUCUUCAUACUCAUCACUGUCAUCGGAAUCUGUGCAGCCCGCUGGGCCGCAGUCUUCCCGCUCGCUAAAGUAGUCAACGCCGUAAGCAGGUACAGGAGCAGACGCCAUGGCGCCCCUGACACGGGAGAAGAACUCCCUUACUCGCAUCAGGUAAUGAUGUACUGGGCCGGUCUCCGCGGCGCUGUCGGCGUUGCCCUCGCCGCAGGCCUCUCCGGCCCCAAUGCAGACACUCUCCGCGCAACCGUCCUCAUCGUCGUUGUCCUCACUGUUAUCAUAUUUGGCGGCACCACAGCGCGCAUGCUCGAGAUCCUCGGCAUUCGCACUGGCGUGGUCGAAGAGAUAGACUCCGACGACGAAUUCGACAUUGAGGCCAUAAAUGGUGGGACGUACUCUAAAAAUCGGGGGCAAGGAUUUGGCCACACGCCGCGGCCGAGUCAAAACGGGUUCGCGCUUUCGAGUGUUGAUGGAGGGGAGGGCGCGUAUAGCAGUAGCAGCGGGCACACUCCGCCCAAUCGUCCUACCCUUUCGAGCAGGAGAGGCAGUAGUAAACCCCGCCACAAAGACGGCGCAGACCAGGGCCUUCUCAGCCCCGUCGACACCGGCUCCCUUUCUUCCGACGACGACAACGAUCUUGACCUGCCGCCCAGCGCGCGGAGAUCACCGAAUCGCGCGGCCUCGCCGCUUACACCGGAGGCGCCGUACCCGACGUCAGGCAGCACCAGGCCUGCGACGAGCGGCGGUGCGGACGGGAGCAGUAGAGUGGCAACGGCGACGGGCGCGGUGAAGCAGCUCAUUAGCGAUAUCAGUCAGGACCCGGCGAAUGCGUUUAAGCAGAUUGACGAUGGGUUUUUGAAGCCGCAUCUCUUGCUUGAUCCAAAGAGUGGAGGGGGUGGGCCGAGUAACGCAUGA